UGACAGUGUGGACUUGACAGGUCAAUCAAUUCAUAUUAAUUCAUAAAGUUUAUUUUUAAUAUACACUGCACAGUCCAAUAUUUAAAUUAGUUUUUAAAGAUAUAGUAUACGCCUGAAUAAAAUAUUAAUAUGAAAAGAAAUCUAGACAUGAAAUGUAAAGAUAAUUUUAUGAAACGAUUUAAAUAUUACAAAUCAAAUAAACCAGAACCAUCACUUGAUAAAGUUGUUAGAAUACAAUAUGAUAUCCCAAUUGAGGUAAACAAUAUUUCUAAUGUUAUAGAAGAAGACUCAAGAACUAAACUGCUAGGUUUAAGAAAUUUUACAGACUGGAAGACAUAUACAUUUAUGAAACAUACUGGUUUAUUUUUAAUAGCAAAUCCAUUUACAAGUUUAGGACAAAGAUAUUGGAUCAGAAAAUGUUUAGAAGAUUAUCCUAGGAAGCCCAAUAAAACAAAUAUUGAUAUUGAAAAACAAAUUGAAGAUUGGUGGCGAGAAAUACACAAAAGUGAUGAAUUGGAUAGGAAAAUGCAGAAAAAAUUGAGAUGGACAACAUUAGGGUACCAUCACAACUGGGACACUAAAGUGUACUGUGAAAAAAAUAGGAAUAUAUUUCCUUCAGAAUUAGCAGAGUUAUGUGAUGUUGUAGCCCAAUAUCUGGGCUACACAAAUUUUAAUGCACAAGCUGCUAUUGUUAACUAUUAUCAUAUGGGAUCCACACUCUCAGCUCAUACUGACCAUUCAGAAGUGAAUUUAGAAGCACCACUAUUUUCGUUCAGUUUUGGUCAGUCUGCAAUAUUCUUGAUAGGCGGCCAGGAGAAAUCACAUGAACCAUCAGCUAUUCUUCUCAAUAGUGGUGAUAUACUUAUUAUGUCAAAGGAAGCCAGACUUUGUUAUCAUGCCGUGCCUAAAAUAUUACAAGCAUCAGAUCAACCAUGGAAUAACCAUGAGGAAUUAAUACAAAUUACUGAUAAUGGUAAAACUAAAUAUAUAAAUGAAGAAACAAUAAUUAAAGAAGUAAAUAGAAAUAUUGAUAAUAAAGAGUGGACUCAGUUCAAUAGCUAUGUUGAAGAAUCUAGAAUAAAUGUGAAUGUUAGGCAAGUGUUAAUGGAAAAUCAAGAAAGAUUAGAUAGUUGAUAUGAUAUGAUAUGAUAAUAUACUAAUUUAUUUACAAUUUUA